CCCGGGGAGCGCACUGCACGGACGAGCUGAGCCGGGCGGGGCCGCGGCGGUGCACCAGCGGUGGCCCGGCCAGGAGGAGGGCGGCUUCCGCGAGGGCAGCCUGAGGUCUUAAAAAUUGUCAGCAAAACUGCUGAACAACGGACAUCCUAAGAGGAGAUAUUUUUCACCUCUACAAUGAAGAAAAGCAGGAGUGUUAUGGCAGUGGCGGCUGAUGAUAAUGUUAAAGAUUAUUUGGAGUAUAGCUUGAGUAAAUCCUACAGUUCUUCUAGUAACACACUUGGGAUUGACCUCUGGAGAGGGAGAAGGUGUUGCUCAGGAAACUUACAGUUACCACCACUGUCCCAAAGACAGAGUGAGACAGCAAGGACUCCUGAGGGAGAUGGCAUUUCCAGACCAACCACACUGCCUUUGAGGACACUUCCCAGCAUUGCUAUCACAACUGUAAGCCAGGAGUGCAUCUGUUCUAUUCAAGCCAAGCCUACUGUGGUGAUCUUCAUGGAGACAAUUCAGUGGUUUCCUAGCAACCAAGUUUCCUGUGGUUUCCUUGGUUAUAAGCAACGACAUAACUCUUGUGGGCAACUUCAAAGCACAGAAGAAAACCCUCCUAAAGAAUGAGCUUCCAAAAAAUUCAGGUUACUGCUUGCUGAGUGUCUCUGUUUAUAAUGAAGAACUCUCUCCAUGGACAUUAAUAACUCUAAUAAAUAAUUAUGUGGACAUUGCAAAGUAAAAUCAUGUUAGGUUUAUGCAUUCUUUUUCAUUGUUUUUGUAAUAUGCCUGAUUCUAAUUUUUUCCCUGAAAUUGGGAUACUUUUCCUAUCUCUUUUGAUUGACUAUCAUCCAUAGACAUACCUACCAGAUGAAAUUUAGUCAACUUUUUAUAAUUGCAUGAGGGGUCAUUUAAGAAGACAGCAGAGUUGUGGUUGCUCAACAGUAGGACCCAAUAAUAUCAUCUUGUUUUUACUGAGUAAGUGUGUAUUAGAGGCUUAGAUGGAUGGUUGGUGGGAAUUCAUUAAAUGACUGUAAACUUACACUGACCAGUACAUUUCUAGUGCAGUAUGACUAACAUUAAUGACUUCUACCUACUGAAUUGUUUUUUCCUUUUAUAUUCAUUUCCGUAGAAGAACUAUAUUGAGUAGCUGUAUUCUCGGGUGAUAUAUCUAAAAUCCCUUAAAUGUCAACAGAAGAAGGAAAUAGAAGCGUACGUGAUUAGAAGUAGAGUUCGUGCCACAUAAACUAUUCGUCUUUGCAUCUUUGAUGCCUAUACUAGAACACAGCUUGUGGUAAAUAUGGAAGCCUGAAUUAAUGAAUGACAAAGCUCAACAGCUCCUUUAGUUUUUCCAGUAGGAAUCAAGAUAUUGUGUGUGGAUUAACAGGCUAAAAUAAUGAACUUUGGAGAAGGAGAAAAAUAUAAUGAAUUCUGUGCAUAAGAAUUUUUUU